GCGCCUGGCCAUGAAGGCACACUGUCAGGACAAAGCCAGGCGGACUUAGUGAGCCGGCUUGUACAAGACUAUUCACUUCAGCCGCCGCCUCGAUGCUUGCAGUGCCUGGAGACCAGUGGAUACCUCUUGCAGAUUGCGCUGGGAAUCUUGAGAAUCCUUGCUCCGAUUGUGAUAUGGUCAUUUACUGCAUUGUACUACCUUUACAAGAUCAUCCCAAAGCAAGAGCUGCUGGUGAUCUAUGGGUGUGCACUCUGCUUCUUUGGUGGUGAGUUUUGUGCAUCCAUUGCAGCUGUUGAGUGCUUUCGCCGAACUGGGGGUGACAAGCUGCUGUUGUGCCUGCAGGACUUGGCGACCAACAUCCAAAUAGCAAAUCAGGCGUCCAUCGAGGAUGACAAGGCUGCUGGCCGCGACCUGGCUCAACUCAGCCCAAAGGAUUGGUACCAACAUAAGGCCGGAGUUGUGUUGAAAGCUGUAGACCCUGACACAGUCGUCAAGGCUUGUGCUGGCCUGUAUCAGGGCUUCUUAGGACUGUUGGUGUCCUUGAAAUUCAAGUUCGCUUGGACCGUUGCUCUUGCAUGCUCCAUCGCUGAUCUUCUGCGAAAACCAGUGGCGCUUGUGGUGACACCCAUUAUGGUGGCGUUGAUGCCGAAGGGCUAUCACAAGUGGAUCAAUCAAAUCAUCAACUUGACCUUGAAGGCAAUCGCUGUGCACAUGGCGUGGAAGCUUCAGGAGGUGAUCAGUGCGGUGCAAAGUGGUCUUUUAGGUGCCAGCUUGGUUGGCACCGGAGUGCUCACGCUCACUUACCAAGGCUUUUCAUGGGUAUCUGGUGGUCGUUGCUGCAAGCGAAAGUUUGAUCCAGACAAGAGCUAUUUGGAUGAGCUUGUUGGGCUGCCCCUUGCAGCUUUCGGCAUUUGGUUUCAGCUCAAGCAUAACUUCAGCCUCCCCUUUCCAUACAACUUGGCUCUGCUACCCCUCACAAUCGUCGAAACAGUUCUUCGCUUCAUGAUCACAUGGUUCCCAGUGGAGGAGACCGCAUUUCCAGCUCACUGA